UGACCGAUUUCACUUUCGAUAAGUUUCAGUUUAUUGCAGAGAGCGCCGAAGUUUGUUGAUGUUUGUUUUAAAAUAAUAUGCUUUUAAAGAGUUGAAUUUUAAUGCGCCUGCUACGUUGGUACGCUACCAAAGCUGGGCGUGAGCAUUACGCCAGCAGCAGCAUAAAGGUUUAUCGGAAACUUCCAAGUAAAACAAAAGUUAGAACAGAACACGUGCCGUCUGCCCAGACCAAGGCAGCGCAGAAUGUGGAAUAUGCUGAAAAUUUGGUAAAAGUGCAGAUGAUCUCACAGAAUUUGCAUGCCCAGCUCUUUCCACAGUCCAAACGAGAGUACUCUGAAGCAGAACACCUUGCAGCUAAGGCAUACAAUGCCGAAUUGCUGCGUCAUGGCAUCGAUGUAACCAGCACAUCGCCCAUACCAGAUGUGGAGCUAAAGCUGCCUCCAUUGCGUGGCCGAAAUAUUGAGGAGCACUUCCACUCUAUAGCCGAGGAACAGGUGGCUCCGUAUAAAACACUACUUCAAGCACUGAUCGCUUGCAAGGAGCUGCCUGCAAAACCCAAACGAUGGGCUUUCCAUGCCGGUUGGACAGCCUAUGAUCCAGUGAGUGGCACUGCCACGCCCGUAGCACAGCCACUCGAAACAGGCAUAAUUUUCGAUGUGGAGGUGUGCGUUCGUGCGGGCAACGACCCGGUAAUGGCAACAGCGGUGAGCACCAAGCGCUGGUACUGUUGGGUAAGUCCAAAGCUCACGAAACAUCGCUUAACUGUGCCGCACGUUGAGCCGAUCGAUGUGGAUAGCAAUGAACGUCCACACUACACGCUCGACGAGCUCAUACCUCUAGGCCACAAGGAACCCUCCUUAGUAGUGGGGCACAAUGUCUCCUACGACAGAGCGCGAAUUCGCGAGCAGUAUUUGAUAGAGGAUACGAAAACCCGCUUUGUGGAUACCAUGUCGUUGCACAUCUGUGUCAGUGGAGUCACUAGCUAUCAACGUGCUAUGCUCAAAUCAAAGAAGGACCCCGCUGUUGAGGAUUUGGACUGGCUGGCGCAGAGCUCUCUUAACAACUUAGUGGAUGUGCAUCGUCUGUAUUGUGGUGGUGAGCCCUUGUCCAAGGAGCCACGCAAUAUUUUUGUGGAAGGCACACUGGAGCAAGUGCGACAGCAGUUCCAGUCGUUAGUGAACUAUUGUGCCGGAGAUGUAGAGGCGACACAUCGCAUUCUAGGCAAGCUGUAUCCUUUGUAUGCAGAGCGUUUUCCACAUCCCGUAACGCUGGCGGGUAUGCUGGAAAUGGGCACUGCGUAUUUGCCAGUGAACUCCAACUGGGAGCGUUAUAUUCGCGAUGCACAACUGGCCUACGAGGAUCUUAGCAUUGAGGCUAAAUACCAUUUGGGCCGGCGAGCGGAAGAAGCUUGUGCGUUGCUUCACGAUGAAAAGUAUCGGAAGAAUUUGUGGCUUUGGGAUGAGGAUUGGAGCGUCCAAGCGUUGAAGCUAAAGCAGAUGCCCAAGCGCAAGCAACUAUCCACUGUGCAACUGCCAGAACAGGGACUCGACGUUGAGCAGCUGCGAUUGCAGCGCAAGUUCCAGUAUCUUUAUAAUCAGCGUGCCUUGCUGCCUUCGCGACGGCCCCUACUGCCUGGCUAUCCGCAAUGGUAUCGCAAGCUGUGCCGCAAGCCACCCCCUGACUACACUGAAGAUGUGAAUGAGGAGCCCUGGACACCUGGUGCGUGUGACAUUAGCACGGGUAUGCAAUUAGCUGCCAAGCUGUUAUCCCUCUGCUGGGAGAGCUAUCCCCUUCACUAUCUUCGCGAACAUGGCUGGGGUUUUCUGGUGCCUUUUCGUAGCUCCCAGAGUAACCGCAGUACCAACAUACCAAUUGAGCAACUGCUCGGUCGCUGUGCCAUUCCCGAGUUUGCGCGUCAGUUUGCCGUUGGAGAGGCAGUAGAUCUAGCUAUGGACCAAUUGCCCAAACAAGUGGAUGAACAUCUAAGCAAGCGACAUUUUUAUAAAAAAAUCUCGCAGCGACAACUGAACCUCGAGAAGCAAUACAAAGGCUCUGGGGUCUGGUGCAACCAUGUGAUAGAUGAUUGUUGCUUCUUUUUGAAGCUGCCUCACAAAAACGGGCCCUCGUUCCGCGUGGGAAAUCCUCUGUCUAAGGAUUUUCUAAAUAAGUUCUCUGAACAUGCACUAAGUAGUGGAGACCCUUCGUGCCAGGCUGCGGCGCGUGUCAUUGAAAUAGCUCGCAUGAUGUCCUAUUGGAGGAACAAUCGAGACCGCAUUUUAGGGCAAAUGGUGGUCUGGCUACAUUCGGAGCAUCUGCCUGGUGACCUCCAAGCACAUGCACAGCGCACUUCUUAUGGAGCUAUUUUGCCCCAAGUCGUGGUCGCUGGCACUUUGACAAGGCGAGCCAUGGAAUCCACAUGGAUGACUGCCUCCAAUUCACGUGCCAAUCGCAUUGGCUCCGAGUUACGUUCGAUGGUACAAGCGCCACCAGGCUACAAGUUGGUUGGUGCCGAUGUGGACUCACAAGAGUUGUGGAUUGCAUCCGUGCUAGGCGAUGCCUAUGCACAUGGCGAGCACGGAGCCACGCCCUUGGGCUGGAUGACACUCAGUGGUAGCAAAUCGAAUGGCAGUGACAUGCAUUCCAUUACAGCAAAGGUGGUCGGCAUCUCAAGAGAUCAUGCGAAGGUUCUUAACUAUGCGCGGAUCUACGGAGCAGGUCAGCAGUUUGCAGAAACGCUUCUGCAGCAAUUCAACCCAACGUUAAGCGCCACCGAGGCCAAAGCGAAAGCCAUGAAAAUGUUUGCUGCAACGAAAGGCAAGCGGGUGUAUCGGUUGCGUGAAGAGUUCCAUGAUGAGCAGGAGGAUAAAGCUUACAGCAGUUAUGAAGCCAGGCGCUUUGCUCUGCAGCGCAAUCGUUCAGUCAGUGAAAUUUUCCACCGUCCCAGCUGGCAGGGUGGCACGGAGAGCGCCAUGUUCAAUCGGCUGGAGGAGAUUGCCACACGCGAGCAGCCCGAAACGCCAUUUCUUAAUUGUCGCCUGAGUCGUGCAUUGGACUCGAAUGGAGAAGCGGACUUGGAGCAACGGUUCUUGCCCACUCGCAUCAAUUGGGUGGUGCAGAGCGGAGCAGUGGACUUUCUACACUUAAUGCUUGUUAGCAUGCGUUGGCUCCUGGGUCCGCAUGCUCGAUUCUGUUUGAGUUUCCACGACGAGCUACGUUAUUUGGUCAAAGAUGAGAUGGCGCCAAAGGCAGCGCUGGCCAUGCAUGUUACUAAUUUGCUCACUCGCUCAUUUUGUGCUUCUCGCAUCGGCUUGAAAGACCUGCCCAUGUCGGUGGCUUUCUUUUCUUCAGUUGAGGUGGACACGGUGCUGCGCAAAGAGUGUACCAUGGACUGUCAGACGCCCUCCAAUCCGCACGGCCUGCAAAUUGGAUAUGGCAUUCCGCCUGGACAGAGCUUAGGUAUCCAAGAAGCUAUUGUCAAGGCGGGCGGAGGUGAUCUCACUAAAUGGCCUUGGCUUAAGCCAUCCCAAAACUAAUAACUAAAACUUGUUCACAUAUCUGAUUUCAAUCCAUAGAGGAUAUCGAGAUGACUGCCAAGCAAAUAAAUUUAUACAUAAGCAAUUCA